GCCUCCUCCCUCAUCUCCACUCUCCCACCCAAACCAGAAAAUCAGAAAAUCCCACCACCGGCGCCAGCCAGCCAGCCAGCCAGCCAGCGAUUCCGUCGAGGAAGGCCAGUCCCGGAAGAGAAGAGGCGGCGAGGAUGAGUUCCGUCGGCGGCAGGGGCAAGCCCAAGGGCACCAAGUCCGUGACGCGGUCGGCCAAGGCCGGGCUGCAGUUCCCCGUCGGCCGCAUCGCGCGCUACCUCAAGGCCGGCAAGUACGCCGAGCGCGUCGGCGGCGGCGCCCCCGUCUACCUCUCCGCCGUCCUCGAGUACCUCGCCGCGGAGGUGCUGGAGCUGGCGGGCAACGCGGCGCGCGACAACAAGAAGAACCGCAUCGUGCCGCGCCACAUCCAGCUCGCCGUGCGCAACGACGAGGAGCUCAGCAAGCUGCUCGGCGCCGUCACCAUCGCCGCCGGCGGGGUGCUGCCCAACAUCCACCAGACGCUGCUGCCCAAGAAGGCCGGCGGCAAGGGCAAGGCCGACAUCGGAUCCGCGUCCCAGGAGUUCUAGGGCGGGCGGCCGCCCGCACCGCGGUGGCUGCAGGCUUCCCCUCCCUGCUUCGAAUCAAGAUUGAACAUGAAAGGGCCAGCCCCCGCCGCUCAAGUUUCGUCGAUUAGUAGCAGUGUUAGCGUCUUGUCUAUGUUUCGUUAGGUUUAGGUUCUGUGAUGGAUGGUGUGUCAGGUGAAAGGUUGUGGUGAAUCAGAGCUGCUUGUAUGUAUCAAUCUAUCAAUCUUGCUGGAAUGGAAGAAAUGGUCGGUUGCUGUUACUUGC